AUGAGAGGAGGAGGUCUGUCGUCAUGGGAGGAGGAGGUCUGUCGUUAUGAGAGGAGGUCUGUUGUCAUGAGAGGAGGAGGUCUGUCGUCAUGGGAGGAGGAGGUCUGUCGUCAUGAGAGGAGGAGGUCUGUCGUCAUGAGAGGAGGAGAGGAGGUCUGUCGUCAUGAGAGGAGGAGGUCUGUCGUCAUGAGGUCUGUCGUCAUGAGGUCUGUCGUCAUGAGGUCUGUCGUCAUGAGAGGAGGAGGUCUGUCGUCAUGA